UGCGUUUUCGUGUUUGUUUCAAUAGGAGGCAUAGGAGCACAUGUAAACAUCUUGAUUUUUGAGUAAGACGCUUUUAGCACAAUAGUAUAACUUUUGAGAGUGAGAGAUGAUGAGUGCCGAGUCCGGCAGCAUGUCGCCGGCGCGCGUGAAGCUGGAGCCCGAGACAGACCAGUGGGAAAUGGCCCCUGUGAAGGAAGAACCUGUAUUCCUGGAUGAAGAGGAGCGCGUGAAGGAGGAGUGGUCGGACAGCACGGCCGGGUGCGGCGUGAGCGAGGGAGCCAUGCUGGCCGACUUGUACAUCGAGCACGAGGUGAAGGACGAGCUCGUGCUGGGGCCGGAGCGCCCGCACCGCCCCGUAGCCGCCCCGGCCGCGCUAUAUAAUCGUGUCGCAGCGUCCGCUCUCGUGUCCGCCGAGCCCGCACACACACCCAGUGCCAUCGCCACGGUUUAUCAAUGUCACCAUUGUGACCAACUGUUCUGGGACAAGUCGGUUUUAAAGAAACACGUACACAUUCACUCACCUUUACACGAUUCAACAGCAGGAGAUUAUAUUAUAAAACGACACGAUGGUUUACACAAUCAUCUGACAGACGAUAAACUUUUCUGGUGUAGUCAAUGUGACUACAAGUGUAAACGAAAAUAUAAUUUACGAUCUCACCUGAAGACUCACACUGACGAGAAACGAUUUAGUUGCAGCCACUGUGACUACAAGAGUAAAACAAAAAGAGAUUUACAGAAGCACCUGAUGGCUCACACAAACGAAAAGCCUUUUAGUUGUAGUCACUGUGACUACAAGUGUAGACGAAAAGCAAUUUUACAGUGUCACCUGAUGACUCACACAGACGAGAAGCCUUUCGGUUGUAGGCAGUGUGACUACAAGUCUAAAACAAAAUCACAUUUACAGAGGCAUCUCUUGUCUCAUACAGACGAAAAGCGAUUUAGUUGUAGCCACUGUGACUACAAGUGUAGACGAAAAGCAAAUUUACAGGCCCACCUGAUGACUCACACGGACGAGAAGCCUUUCGGUUGUAGUCAGUGUGACUACAAGUUUAAAGCAAAAUCACAUUUACGGAGGCAUCUCUUGAUUCACACAGACGAAAAGCGGGUUAGUUGUAGCCACUGUGACUACAAGUGUAGACGAAAAGCAGAUUUACAAAGGCACCUGAUGACUCACACUGGCGAGAAGCCUUUAAGUUGUAGCCACUGUGACUACAAGUGUAGAAUCAAAGCACAAUUAAAGCGUCACCUGAUGUUUCACACUGACGAGAAGCCUUUUAAUUGUAGCCACUGUAGCUACAAGUGUAGACGAAAAGUUGAAUUAAAGGCUCAUCUAAUGAUUCACACUGACGAGAGGCCUUUUAGCUGUAGCCAAUGUGACUACAAAUUUAGACGAAAAGCACAGUUAAAGAAUCACCUGAGGACUCACACUAACGAGGAGCCUUUGUAGCCACUGCGACUACAACUUCAAAAAUAAGCGCGUUACAAAACAUGAAGAAACUAAAAAGCAAAAAAUAAUAAACCUUUGAAUUCAGAUUUCUUAUCGGAUUGCAAUAAUCUAAACAUCCAAAUUAUAAAGAAAUCAAUUAUUUUUGUAGUCGGUACCAGACCUGUUUGUCGCCUGUUUGCCCCACCCAACCAUACGCAGGCUGGCUCCGACUCCACACUCGGUCUGUUCGGACUGAUACAUAUAAUAUCAAUAUAUUAUAUGUAUCAGUCCGAAUAUAUGUACAGUAGUGAAAGAAUUAUCCUUUAACUCCUAACCAUUGAGGA